AUGGACAGCAGCUUCUUUCUGAGAGAAGCACGGGCCUCCAGCGGCGACACCCCCGUUGCAGGGCCAGUGACUGCUGAGAUAUCCAACUCGGGAGACGUUUCUGGGACCUCGUUUAGAGACUUGGCAACGUCUCUGGCCAAAAGAGUCUCUUCCUCCAACUCGUCCUCUGUACAGAUGUUCAGUAUGGAAACAAGAAUAUCAAGCACUUUCUCGGCCACAAACGGCAGAGACCACUCAAACACGUCCAUAAAGUCGGGAAGAUGGUACGGCGAGUCUGUGGCAACAAACUGUUUGAUAUUGAAAGUUGCACCGUCAUAG